UAUACGUAUAUAUCACGUAUGUUCCUACACACCUCUUAUUAGAGUCUGCCACAUUGACAGUGUAUACGGCAAAGAAAGGUUUUGCCAAAAUGGAACUUAAAUUACUGGAGAGGAUGAAAAAACUUGGGUACAAUGGUCAGCUGACAGAUCCCAAUAAAUUUAAGGAGGCUGUAAAACAAGGUCCAAAAUCUCCAGAAUUUACAAAGCUUGUAGCAUGGUUAGCAGAUGAGAUUGCAAUACUCAAUGAUAUUGAUGAAACUAUUCAUGCCAUAAUGUCUCCAGAUGAUUCUAGUUCUUUCCUCUUAGAGUUAAGCUGUUUUCUUAAAGAAUUAGGUUGUAUGAAUGAGAGAUUAAUGACUGGUAAUGUUAAUGCAAGAUUAGCAACUGAACAAGAUAGGUACAUUUUGUUAGAUUUUUUAGGAGCAGAAUUAAAAACUUGCAGAUUAUUAGAAUUUAGGAAGCAUAAAAGUUCAAAUUCCAUGGCUGUUGUUGUUGAAGAGAGUGACACAGCUAAAGAUCUUAAAGAUAUGUCAAUAGCUUUGAAUUUUGAAAGGCCACCAAAUGAUAUCACUUCUGAGAAACUUUUUACAAGACUGCAAAACAAAUUGACUGAAGUGUUAAAAACAGCUCCUUCUGAGCUUGUAGGGCAACCAUUAAUUAGUCAUCAAUUCUCAGAAGCAGAUUGGAAUGAUCUUCAACAUUUACAACAAGAGUUACAUGAUGAAUACAGAAUGCGCCGUGAUAUGUUGCUCAAGAGGCUCGAUGUAACAGUACAAUCUUUUCUAUGGUCAGACAAAGUAAAAGCUCAAGAGGCUGAGUUAAAUAGACAAUAUGAAGAAACUAGGAAACUUUUGAAUGCAGAACCAGAUAUUACAUUUGCUGAUUUACUAGCAGCAAGAGAUGAUAUUGCAUUAAUGGAGAAAACAAGCAAUGCAAGUGUUAGGAAAAAUACUCAAAGUGAAAUUAAUAGAGUUAUUAUAGGAGAGGUACCAGACAGAGGUGGAAGACCAUAUGAACAGGAACCACCACCACCUGAAAUGCCACCUUGGCAAAAGGAUAGAGUACCUGGACCUUUAACUUCUGGUGGCGGUCGAGGAGGUGGUAGAGGCGGUGGGCGUGGAGGUGGAAAUUUUCAAAGUUCUAAUUCUUACACCAAUGAUAGAAAUUCAUACAGUGGCAAUACUGGUUAUGUAGACACUGGAUAUCAGGGUUCCAAUUAUGCUUCUAAUAGUGGUGCAUAUGGUGGACAAGGAGGAGGAUAUGGAGGAAAGCAAGGAGGAGGAUAUGGAGGAGGCCAAGGAGGUGGUUACGGAGGAGGAGGUCAAGGAGGUAGUUAUAGAGGAGGAGGCCAAGGAGGCGGUUACGGAGGAGGAGGUCAAGGAGGCGGUUACGGAGGAGGAGGUCAAGGAGGCGGUUACGGAGGAGGAGGUCAAGGAGGUGGUUACGGAGGGGGAGGCCAAGGAGGUGGUUACGGAGGAGGAGGCCAAGGAGGUGGUUACGGAGGAGGAGGCAAAGGAGGCGGUUACGGAGGAGGAGGUCAAGGAGGCGGUUACGGAGGAGGGCAUGGUGGCGGCUAUGGAGGACAAGGAGGUGGUUAUGGAGGCGGUGGAAAUAAUACUUACGGCGGAGAUAACAGAGAUGGAGGAUACAAAUCUGAAUAUAAAGGCGGACAACAGUACCAGAGAGGAGGUAGUGGUAAAGGAAGAGGAGGUAGAGUUCAGGGAGGCUGGAAUCAAGGUGGCACCAAUUCUGGAACAGAUAACUAUCACCGUGGUGGAUAUAAUCGUGGAGGAGGUCGAGGAGGACGACAAUACUAAAAUAUUUUAUAUAAAAUAUUAUUCUUAUGCUUAUAACAGUAAUAGCAAAAAAUAUUUACAUCACAGAGCAUAAUAAUUAAUAUCAAUGAAUUUUUAUAUAAUAUAUUAAUAUAUAAUUGCUUAAUUUAUAUUAUAUCUUUAAAUAUUAUGUGAAUUGAAAAUGUUAAUUCUAAACUAAAAAUGAAUUAGAAACAUUGAUACUAUUUUUAUAAGAUAAAUUAUUUACUCUUAUGGAAUUAUAAUAAUUGUUAUAUUCUACUUUAGAAUACUUUACUGUGUUCUGAAUGUUAAUUUUGGCUAUGUACUUGUGUUUGAAUUUUGUAAAUAUGCACUUUUUUUAUACAAUGAAAAAAUGAUAAGUGUGUUGAAAUUAAGUUGUAUAAUGUAAUAAUUUGAGGAGAUUAAUUGAUUGAUUAAAAUAUUUAAUUGUAUAAAAUA